AAAACAAAGAUGUUAAUUUCUUCAAAGAAUAAAUGAUAUCAGACAGAUAACAACGUUCUGCGAUCUCUUGUCAAAACUAAUUGUACACUUUUAGUAACAUAAAAUAGACUUAAUAGAAAUUUAUGAUCAACAGAAACCACAAUGGCAAAAAAGCCUAUAUAUUAUGCGAGCCUUGCGUUAAAUGUAUUAGGACAUUAUGGUUUGCUGGUAGCGACAGGGAUCCCAUACUGGAGGAAAAGCAGUUGGCAAGUGUCUGAUCCAUUGUAUGGUCGUAUACCAACAUUUGAUGGACUAUGGUGGCAAUGCAUGUCUCUGAAAACGGGAGGAUUCACAUGUAGCAACUACGGGAUGCCGACACUAUACGUUGAUGCUGGAAUUCAAGCUUGCCGAGGGCUGAUGACGACGGCAUGUGUGCUUACGUUUUUCGGCCUUAUCAUCAACAUGUUGGUGGUAGACUGCUCAAAUAUUUUGGGAAACGGAACUAAAGCAAAGAGAAGUCUGACUCUUGCAGCCGGCGCCAUGAUUUUAGUUUCAUGGUUAUGCACAUUGGGAGCAACUUCGUUUUAUGCCUGGCAAGUAACAUAUCAGUUCUACAAUCCUUACUACCAAGAAAGGGAAUUUAAAUAUGAAUAUGGACCUUGCCUGUAUGUGGCAUGGGUUUCAAUGGCUUUUUUGCUGAUAUCCGGAUGCAUAUUAUUCUUUGGAGCAUGCAAAGAUAAGGGGGAUGACGAAUAUGAUGGAUAUCGGUAUCGAACACCAAGAGAAACAAUACCAAGUUCUGCAUUUGAUGACCACCGGAAAACCGAUUACGUUUGACACCGAUUCUUCACCAAAGUUGUAACCAAGAGCCACUCUUCAAAGAACUUUACCCAGAAACAUUAAGUCAGACUUAGAAAAAAAAACAUUACAUACUAUAUCAGAUUGUGUAGAAG